AUCCCUCGUACUCGGAGGGCUCGAUCUCUAUGUACAUCAGCGCACACCCACGUAUAAGCGCUUCCUUUUGUUGUUCUUUCAUUUUGCCUCAGUGUAUCUAUGUGUCGAAUUAAUGGUGAUACCCUAAUUGUUUACAUUUUUCUUCUCUACACGGGUGGUAACUGAAACUGAAAGACAGCCACACGACAAAUAUAACGGCACAAUGCUGAGCACAGUGUUUCAGAAAUUGCAAUUCCUGUACAAGCCGUACGCGCUGGCCGUUGUUUCAAUCGGAUACGUACUUGGAGAGCUAGGUCAUUAUUUAAUUGGUGUUACGAGCAAGGCGACAGCAGAAGAUUUACACUAUGGUGACAUUUCCUGCCAAUUAAACUCAACCACGUUAGCGAUCGUGGAUUUACCGAUUCAGUGUGAGGUAGCCAAGAAUCAAAGUUUCUGCGAGUCCCUGGAACUGAACGGAUCCCGGUACUGCGAAUGGAACUACAACGGCCUUGGUCUCGACUAUCAAAUCCUGGCUGGACCGAGUUUCAUCGCUGUGUUCACGAUCGUUGGCGUUGCUCUGGGCGUUGCGGCUGACAAGUACAACAGAGUGAGAUUAUUAACCAUCUGCACUGUGAUAUUCAGUGUUGCGAUCGUGUUAAUGGGAGCAGUCAAAGAAUACUGGCACCUAGUUGUUCUACGAAUGGUUUUAGCAGCAGGGGAGGCUGGUUGCAAUCCUUUGGCUACUGGCUUGCUUUCUGAUUGGUUUCCCGAGGAACAACGAGGGCUCGUUAUGUCAAUUUUCAAUUGGGGCAUUUAUGGUGGUUACGGCAUCGCAUUUCCUGUAGGCCGUUACAUCCCAAAAGUGAACAUUGGGAAUCUGGGUUGGAGAGCCUGCUAUUACGGAGCUGGUAUAAUCGGAUUGAUCGUAGCCUGUCUCACCUUCACGCUUACCGAACCAAAAAGAAAGACGAUCGGAGAGGAGGAAACGAACAGCAACGGAAAGAAAGUACCCGUUUGGAAAGUGAUCCUACAACCGAGGAUUAUAAUAUUGUGCCUGGCUGCCAGCAUCAGACAUUGCGGUGGUAUGUGCUUCGCCUACAAUUGCGAUCUCUACUACAGAGAUUACUUUCCCGACUACGACUUAGGCUGGUGGUUGUUCGCUGUGACGAUCGUGAUCGGUAGCAUCGGUGUUGUGGUCGGUGGUGUGGUUAGCGAUAAAUUCGUGAGAAAAAUGGGCAUCAGGUCACGGGUAGCUUGUUUAGCAAUUAGUCAAAUAAUUGCAACGCCGUUUGCGUUCGGCUCGGUGUACUUUACUCCGUUGUGGGCGAUGAUCACCUUAGGAAUUUCUUACUUCUUCGCCGAAAUGUGGUUCGGAAUCGUGUUUGCUGUAGUCGUAGAAAUAGUUCCUCUGCAUCUCAGAUCGACCACUAUUGGUGCAUUCCUGUUCGUCAUGAACAAUAUCGGCGGAAACCUGCCAAUUUUGGUUGAGCCAACCAGAAUGGCCAUCGGCUUUCGAGAAUCUCUUUACAUUUUCUACGCUGGUUUCUACGGUAUUAGUUCCAUUAUGUUCUUCUUGACAAUGUUCUUGAUGGAAGGCAACAAGAAAGAGCCGAAGAAAAUCAAUAACGUCAAACAGGAAUUCGGAUACGACAACAAUGUAUUCACCAACGAUGAUGGACGUGCACCAACUCUAGAACUUCCCCGAAUAUAUCCACCACCGUCACAUCAAAUCGAGAAUUCUAGGUUAUAGGAGUACAUGAUCUUCAAACGAUCAGUUGUAAAUAGCUUCUUGAGCGAUUUAAAUGACUGCAAUGUUUCCAUGGUAGCAACUUGAACUAGCAUUAUCUGCACUCUGUUUCCUCUUCUAUGACGACUAUAUAAUGAAAAUAAAGU